CUUCGAUCAGAGGACUACCAUGGAUCACAGACAUAUAGUGGUUGUGUUCCUAACACUUUUACAGGGUAUUUAGAUAUGUAUUUUUUUUUUUUUUUAAUUUUUUUGGUAUGAAAAGUCAUUGAAAUUCUAUCGCACAUGGCACCACUUUUUUCUUUGCAUUUAAACCAAACAAAAUUUAAUAAUUUACUUUAAAAAAAUUUUUUAUUUAAAUACAAUUUUGCAUUUUUUGUUAAAAUAUGAUUUGACAAUAAUUGUUGAAUGUUUAAAAUUCUUAGCAGAUAUAUUAAGCUUAAGAAUGUAUUAAUUAUUUUUUUAAAUUAAGUCAGAGAUUCAUGUGAGGGCUACCUAUUUGGGUUUACAUUUCCGAAAUAAAUGUCAUAUAUUUCUCACUGAAAGUAAACGUGGAAUUAAAUGUAACUUGGUUAAAAUCGUAAUUAAUUCAAUUACAUGUCGUAAAUAAAGUCGUUAAGAGGACAUUCAAGUAGUCGUCAUAUCGACGCCUGCAACAACAAUUACAGCUCUUACAAAACAAAAAACAGAUUGUGCAAUACUCAAGUGCUAUCAACAAUAUUUUGUUUUUCAGCCAUCACCGUUUGUGGUGAAUAUUGUUAUGGAGACAAUACUUUUAGUAGCCUCUAUUGUGCUUAUGGCUGUUGUGGAACUUCAGUUUACCAGUAUUGCUGUUCAAAGUAAGCCAUUAUCACGAUGAUUACUUAGUGUAAAUGCAGAUUUUUUUUUCUAUACACAUUUUAAAAAAAAUAUUGACCUUCUUAUCUCAUGUAAAUUAGACAUACAAUAAGAAUAAAUAAUUAGAUGAAACAAGCAUUAACAUAAUAUAACAACAUUGUCACAUGGUCCUAGUAUGUGAGGUUGUCUUAGUAUAACAGUUCUUUUUUUUUUAACGUAGCCUUAGCAUAAUGUGAACCCAUCAAAUAAAGUACCAUUUUAAAUCCUUUAAAAUAACUUCAAUUUUGUUCAUGUAUUAAUGGAUGGGUGGCAAAAUCUUUAGAUGGCUGAUUGAUCUACUUUCCGUCAACUUAUAGAGCUGAAACUUGGCACAUAGACUUGAUGCCGAUGACAACACAUUCUUUCAAAUUUUUUAGCACAUCCCUGCGGCCCCAACACCAACAAUCAGGUUUUUUUUUCCGGUUUUCAAGGGAAAUGUUGAUGGACAUAUCGUGUUAUUUAUUUCACGAAUAAAAUUCCCGAUAAUUGUUCGAAAUGAGAUUCUUUUUUUAAAAAUAUCGCCAGUGCGUUUGGUGUGUAAUAUUUUCUUUUGCUUUUCUGAAAUAGUUGUUGGAAUAAAUCUGAGGUGUGAAAGCGGGUGUGGCAUUAGAAUAUUACCCUUAAAUAAAAUAGCAAAAGGUAUAUACAUGAUCUAUACGUAAAACUUUGUUUUUAGAUGCUGUUUAAUUCCAUAAACUUCUCGCAUUAGUCUAUACUCGUUACAAUUGGGUACAAUAAUGUAUCCACUUUUACAAAGAUUUGUUUUAUCUAUUUAUAAAAGUCAUCAAGUUUAUAAAUUUUUGUCAGCUUUUCGUAAUAACAAUAUAAAAAAAUUGUCUAUUAAUUUGAUAAAGAAUAACACUUCUCUAUUAACAUUUUAGUUAAUUUCGCUUGCACAAAAUGUUGAACAAUAAUUUAUCAGGCGAUCAAAAACUUAGCAAAUGUGUUUUGACAGUUGUGGGCAAUGACAUUAAAAUUGGAAAUUAUAAGCACGCUGCAGUGAUAAUGCACUCUCUCUAUGAUAUGUCUUUCUAAGUGAUAACUCACUCUCUCAAUGAUAUCCAACUCUGUCAAUAAUAAUUAACCCUCUCAAUUAUGACCCACUCUAUCAAUGAUAAGUCUCUCUAAAUGAUAAUGCACCCUCUCAAUGAUAAGUCUCUCUCAAUGAAUGAUAAUUCACUCUAUCGAGGAUCAGUCUUUCUGAAAUGAAAAUGCACUCUCUCAAUGAUUAGUCUCUCAAUGAUAAUUCUCAGAGAACGGUUAUUCAAUAAUAAUGAUGCGUUCUGCAACGCUUAGACGUCAAAGUAAAUAAACACCAAACACAAUAUUCUCUUGUAAUGAACAAAGUACAAAGCUAUCAUAUGCAGCGCACAUAGGAAAAAUGUUCCUUUUGUAAAACAAUGAAACCUUAAAUCGAUUGCUCAUGGCCGAAUCGCAACACAAAACAUGACACUAUUCGUUUCUGUAUAGAUCAUCUAAGAAAAAGUGCGAUUUUGGUCAAAUCUGAGCCUGGGGUCGGACAAACAAAUCUACAUAGCCAUAUUUGUUCUAGGACAAUAGAGAACAUAGGUGUAUAUUUAUUAUUAAAAUACAUUUAAAAAACAUAGAGCCUUAAUAUAAUCAGCAUCUAUAAUCAUCAUCUAUAAUCAUCAUCUAUAACCAUCUAUAAUCAUCUAUCAUCCUCUAUCAUCGUCAUUCAACAUUAUCAACUAAAAGGACUCUCGUCGUAUGUCUAGAGUUAACGUGAAGAGGGAGAGAGGGGAGGGAGGGAGACGGAGGGGAAGAGAGAGAGAGGGAUGUGGGAGAGACAGAGAGGGCAGGAGAAACUGGGAGACAAUCGUUGGAACAGCGUUGCACUUACACAAUUUGAAAUGAUUUGAUCUUUAAAAGAUUUCUUUUUUUAACAUUACAUAAAAACAAUGAUUGUUGAUAGACAACCGUGAGACCUGCGUUCAUUUUCUUAAUAUUCAGUUAUUUCCCUUUUAGUGUAAGAAGGGGGGAGAGUGCAAUCAGGUUAGCACAAUAUAAAAUGAGUAAAACAAAGAAGGGUUAAACCUGAAGAAGGAACGCCACAAAACAACGAACGUGUCGGCAGGAAGCCUUCGUCAGCGAGCAAAACAACAGAAAAAAAACAGUAUUAAAAAUAAAUAGCAUUUAGCUUAGAGGUAGUACCCGUGGGCAGCCAAUGAAAUGUGACAGAAAGUAAGUAAGUGAGAGAUUAAAUAGGGAAGACGAAAGUAAAGAGUGUAACAAAAUGUAACCCAAAAUGUCACUAAUGCUAUCAGAUGGCGCUGACUUCACUUAAUAAAAUUCCCGAUAACUGCGACUAAAAUGAGAUUCUUAAAAAAAUACCUCAUGUGCCUUUGGUGCUUAACAUCUUAUUUUGUUUUACGGAAUAAGUCUGAAUAUCAAAACAAUCGCAUUUUAAACCUGCGGUGUAAAUAAAAGGGGGUGGUACAUAACACUAUUAAUAAAGUUCAGGAUGGGUGACCCUAAAUGGGAGUCUUAUAAAGUACGUUACUUGAAUGCAUGGUUCUUGUUUCUUGUACGUGCAGCUUGGGUUUCUUCCCUUGAUUCUUUUUCGUAUCGCUGAAUUUUUGUUUUCUAACUUAAUUUUUUUUUUUUUUUAAACAUUGUAGACCUAAUGUUUGUAUCUGAGUGUCAACGAUUUUAAAGGAGAACUACCUGCGCACGCUAUAAAUUCAACGCUGUUCCAGCGGUUGUUUAGCUUAGCGUAAGUUCCAGACACACGGCGUUAAUUAUAUUCAUUGAUGAAUUAGUACACAUUAUCUGAAAGUACAUGCUAUUUUUUUAAAAGGACAACUCGCAGCAAACAUUAUCAAACGUUUGCUCUCCAUUUCCAUCUCAUCAGCAUCUACAGCAGCUACAGCGGCUAUAGCAGUACCGUGUCAUCUGUAUUUAGCAUUGGAACCAUCGUUGGCAUAGCGGUUGGUUCUUUCGCUGGACUGGUUCUUGUCAUAGUCGCCAUUGUGCUAAUAUGUAAGAAAUGCACAGCUCCGACUAGAGUUGUCAACGUUAUAGGACCUCCGGCCCAGGGAGGUGCUGUCAUGACGCAAACUAGUGGCAUGAUGUCACAAGGUGGCCCUCCAGGUUAUUUUAUGACACAACCAAGUGCCAUGAUGACACAACCUGACACUCCGGGUGAGUUUAUGACAUAACGAAGUGACAUAAUGACACAACCUGGCACUCCAGGUGAGUUUAUGAUACAACCAAAGGACAUUAUGGUACAACCUGCCACUCCAGGUGAGUUUAUGACACAACCACGUGGCAUAUUGACACAACCUGGAACUUCAGGUGAGUUUAUGACGCAAUCAAGGGACAUGAUGUCACAAGCUUGUACUCCUAGUGAGUUUAUGACGCAACCAAGGGGCAUAAUGACACAACCUGGCACUCCAGGUGUGUUUAUGACGAUUCAAGUGGCAUAAUGACACAACCUGGCACUCCAGGUGAGUUUAUGACACAACCAAGUGGCAUGAUGACACAACCUGGAACUUCAGGUGAGUUUAAGACACUAUCAAAUGGCAUGAUGUCGCAAGCUGGCACUCCAGGUGAGUUUAUGACACAACCAAGUGGCAUGAUGACACAACCUGGAACUUCAGGUGAGUUUAAGACACUAUCAAAUGGCAUGAUGUCGCAAGCUGGCACUCCAGGUGAGUUUAUGACACAACCAAGUGGCAUGAUGACACAACCUGGAACUUCAGGUGAGUUUAAGACACUAUCAAAUGGCAUGAUGUCGCAAGCUGGCACUCCAGGUGAGUUUAUGACACAACCAAGUGGCAUGAUGACACAACCUGGAACUUCAGGUGAGUUUAAGACACUAUCAAAUGGCAUGAUGUCGCAAGCUGGCACUCCAGGUUCAUUUAUGACACUAUCAAAUGGCAUGAUGUCGCAAGCUGGCACUCCAGGUACAUUUAUGACACUAUCAAAUGGCAUGAUGUCGCAAGCUGGCACUCCAGGUACAUUUAUGACACUAUCAAAUGGCAUGAUGUCGCAAGCUGGCACUCCAGGUACAUUUAAGACACUAUCAAAUGGCAUGAUGUCACAAGCUGGCACUCCAGGUACAUUUAUGACACUAUCAAAUGGCAUGAUGUCGCAAGCUGGCACUCCAGGUACAUUUAAGACACUAUCAAAUGGCAUGAUGUCACAAGCUGGCACUCCAGGUACAUUUAAGACACUAUCAAAUGGCAUGAUGUCACAAGCUGGCACUCCAGGUACAUUUAAGACACUAUCAAAUGGCAUGAUGUCACAAGCUGGCACUCCAGGUACAUUUAAGACACUAUCAAAUGGCAUGAUGUCACAAGCUGGCACUCCAGGUACAUUUAAGACACUAUCAAAUGGCAUGAUGUCACAAGCUGGCACUCCAGGUACAUUUAAGACACUAUCAAAUGGCAUGAUGUCACAAGCUGGCACUCCAGGUACAUUUAAGACACUAUCAAAUGGCAUGAUGUCACAAGCUGGCACUCCAGGUACAUUUAAGACACUAUCAAAUGGCAUGAUGUCACAAGCUGGCACUCCAGGUACAUUUAAGACACUAUCAAAUGGCAUGAUGUCACAAGCUGGCACUCCAGGUACAUUUAUGACACUAUCAAAUGGCAUGAUGUCACAAGCUGGCACUCCAGGUACAUUUAAGACACUAUCAAAUGGCAUGAUGUCACAAGCUGGCACUCCAGGUACAUUUAAGACACUAUCAAAUGGCAUGAUGUCACAAGCUGGCACUCCAGGUUCAUUUAUGACACAAGCGAUUGGUAUAAUACUUUUUUUAAAAAAAAAAGCAAGCGAUAUUCCCAGAAUAGAUGUAAAUGGUUUGCUAUGUAGCACUGCUUAAAUAUUUUGUUUGUAUAUGGUAUGCAAUGUAGCAUGGCUUAAUUAUAGUGUUAGUACAUGGUAUGUAAUGUAUCUUUGCGUCAUUAUUUUAUUUGUAUAUGGUAUGCAAUGCAGCGCGGCUGAAUUAUUUUGUUAGUAUAUGGUAUGCAAUGCAAUAUUUUGCGAAUUAUUUUGAAACUGUGUGAUACAUAAACAAAUUGAAUUACUAAUAUAAAUGUCAAUCACAUUUUUUUUCUCCUCUAUCUUCCAGGCCAAGUGCUAGCCUACAAUCCUAAGUUGUAUGGAUACUAAGAGACGUGAUAUCUUAUUGUAAUGUUAUCUGUACAUUAUACGGUGCGAUAAACCAUGUUUGCAUUAUUGAUUUUUUUUUCCUCCAUGAGCGAUUUCUAUUAUCAAUAAUUUAAAGUGUUAUUUUAAUAUCACCACUUCUGUGAGGAGCCUGAUGCUAAUGUUGAACGGUCAAAUAUUUUUUUUUAAACAAAUAUAUAUUAUUUAUUCUCAGAUUACUUAGCAUUAUUAGGUUGUAAGUUUUU